UAACGUCAAAUUUUUUACCUGGUAGAAACAGAACUUCGCUGAGAAAUGGUGAAAGUGGAGUGUAAUUUUUUAAUUCAUGCUCCUGUUAUUUUUCAUUUUCACUUUUUUCUGCCCGUCGUCGAAUAAAAUCCUGGUUAAAGAAGCAAAGGUUUCGCCCAUAACGCAAGGAAACGUAGCCAUGACUUUUUACAUUGUAGUCGAAAACGUAAGUAACUCUACCUAUUCAAUUUCCACAAAAAUGACAAGAUGUUGCGAAGAUAUUUCAAAAAACGAAAAAGACUGCAAACUCAUGAGUCUACUCGGUGGCGAAUCAGGAAAUAUACCCGCUGGUGUCACACGAAAAAUUUUAUUAUUAUAUCCGAACAUGUAUUCACACAACAGAAAGGGACAGUGUACCAUUUCAGUAAAGGCAGUUGACCCAAAAAAUAAAAAAGAAAUUACCGUAAACACAAAAAUUAAUUUUAAUACUUAUCUUCGUCAUCUGAAGUCUAUUAAAGGUUUAAGAAAAUGUAAAAGUAGAGAUUUGGACCCCUAUCAGGAUUGUAAUCCUGUGGACUGUACCAUGAAGUACCUUGGUACCAGAAAUUUUUUCAACAGUAGAAGAAAACGGUGCCAAAUUGUCCCCACUUGUCUAACUAAUCCUGAAAAACAACUCCCUGACGUUGUUUACGUCCCUAGGAGUAAUACCUGCAGAAAUUUGGACAAAUGCGUCGAAGCAAAAGACAUAAAAUAUUUAGACUAUAAAAAAAAUGAUAAUAACAAACCAACAAAAGGUUUUUCUGUGCCUACUAACGUAAGAUGCCAUCAGGGGAUUCUAGAUCCGGACUCAGGGUUUUGCAAGUGCAAACCUGGCUGGACCUCGGUACCUAUGAACAAAGACCUAUUCGAACCUAGCCUGUUCCAGUUCCACAUGUGCAACAUGAGGGUCAGCAGCUGGAAUGACGUCAACAACAAAAAGAUUAAACUCACCCUAAUACUCAUUGCAGUAUUUGGGGUGAUUGUGUCGAUUUUCAUCAUUCUCUUUUCCUUCCUUCUGAGCAUCGUCUACAGAUGUUUGAAUUCGGGUCAAGAACCAAUAACCAUAUUCGGAAACGGAACUGGAAGUACUUCGUGUAGCAAAAGGACCGACGCAACGACAAUAAAAACCCCAAGAACAUCUGCUUCGUCCUGUAUGGAUUCGCGUUCUCCUCAGAGUAGAAAAUCAUUUUGCUCUUGCUCCAAAUCAGUCUGUAGCGCCCAAUCGAGGCAACCAAACCCUCCUGAUACAUGCCAAGAUAAAGAGCAGGAUGCUCUUUCCAAAUCAAGUCCAGACUUGUACGAGAAUAAAAACCCAUGCAACGUAAUUGAGAAGGAAUGUUUACCACGAAAAAAACAGAAACGGAAAUGUUGUGAAGAUAAGCAAAAAGAGAACUGCCCGAGAUCAGAUGAUUUGUCGUUGACGAGCUCUCAAACCAGAGAACAGAAAUGUGAAAAUUAUCUUCCCACUUUGGAGUGUAAUAGCAAAUUGACCUGGUCAAAAUACAAAUGGAUUCUAAGUAAAAAAUCGUGUUCCUCGAGUGCAUGCCCGUCCCAGAAGCCGUGCAAGAAGAAGGCGCCUAAGCCCAAAAGAAAGAAAUGUAAACGUAAAUGUAAGCCCAAGAAGUGUAAGAAGCCGCAAAUUGAAGAGCAAACAGCGAAAGAGAAAUGUGAAACUUUCCUUCGUAAUUUAAAGUCUACUGAUAGCAUACCUUCAUUGGUAGGAUCUUCAUGUUCUUCCUUAUACAGGGAAUCGACAUCGUGCAAGUCAGUGAAAAAGAAGAAGUCUAAAAACGUUUCUUCAAAAAAAAAAGCACAAAAGUGCGAUUGCGCCACUAGUUUCACCAGCGUUAUUUCUAGUGAAGACGACUGUCAAGAUAAGGGGAACACCUCACUUUACAUAAUGAAUGAAAUCCAAAAAGAUCAAACCCCUACAAUCAGUUUGGAAAGUACCAAAAAAUCAAACUCCGAAAAACAACCCUUUCACGUGUUCCAUUCCAAACAAGUACACCGUGUAGAAAACCAAAAUGUCUUAGAAAUAAUUAAUAAAUUAAUUGAAAAUGCAACUCCAAAUCGCAAAACAAACAGGCAUUACUGUUCUGAGCCUCCUUGUUCCAUUUCAAACACCGAUAUUACCUGGGGCUCCUCGUUCGAGUCCAAAAGUGUAACCACCGACGCACAAAAUAAUACAAAAACAAAGGAGAUGUCUAAUGGAAAAACGAGCUCGACUUCUAUAUUUGGAAAACGCCCUAAUUUUCAUUUAAUGGAAAUGAUAGAGCUCCAGUUAACGUCAGAACACGAUGAUGAAGAAACCCACGCCGAUGAAGAAGCCAAACCCAUCGUUGAAGUCGAAUCGUUGAAACCCAUAGUCGAAACCUUAAAUAUAACAAGACCUCAAGAUUUUUCGACGUCUGAUACUUCAAAUUUCACACCCUUAGACGAAUGUAAAGAAAUACACCUAUCUUUCGGUACAGCAGCCGAAUUGACACAAAAGAAACGACGAAAAAUACCUUUUCUACAUCACAAGAAAUAUUCCAAAAUUUCUACCUCUUCGACUUCCUCCAGUCAAAGAUGUAGUCCAAAAAGCAUAAAGUCAAAACGGAGAAAAUCAAAAUCUACAUCGAAAAAUCUCCAAGAAAACAUCCCCCUUUGUUCCCAAAGAAAAGACAAGGUAUUUCAAUUGCUGUCCUCUUCCGAAGACACUGAGAACUCAAAUUUGGAGACAAAAAGUAAAAGACAGACCAAAUUUUAUGGUUUAAAAAACAAAUUUCGCAAAUAUCUUUUUACCAAUGGAAAAGAAAAAAUCCCCGAUCCUGCAAACGCCUCAAGCUGGACUUCAUUCAAAGAAACUGUAUCUUCUACUUCACAUAAUAAAACCCUAAAUGAUAUUAGCAACGUGCCCAACACUUCUCGUGAAGAUACUCCAUCAAAAUUACAAAAUACAGUGGAAGACAAUUCUAAUAAAGAAAGUCCAAUUAGAACACCAAAAACAACGAAUAUUCCAGUUCCUGUUUCAUCUACAUUAGUUAACAAAUCGUCAUCAACGACUUCUCCAAGCUUUUCUCCGAGAUCAUGCAAAAUUCCCGGCCCUAUUUUUAGCAAACGUAGUCCAAAACAGCAAAAAUCUUCUUCCCCGGGACCAUCCAGUCGUUUCUAUGUAGAUCCUGAUUAUACAAAUGCUCAAAACACGAAAGCAGAACCGAAAUAACUAAUUAAAUAAUUUUGCGACAGGCUUAAAAAGAGAUAAGCGCGUAAAAAAAUUAUUUUAUUUAUUAUUUGACUAUAAACCAAUAAUUGUAUGUAUUUUUACUUCUGUAUAUUCUU